AAGGAGUUUAAGAAGGCAGCCUCUAGCUUUCUCUGGAACAGAACGUGUCCCGUUUUUUUUAAAGGAAACCGAGUUUUAUUUUUCGUUCUGGUUGCCAUCUUUACCGGUGUGUUCAGACGUGUUAUUGUAGCUGCUCAGAUUCUUCUGAGUUACGGGAUGCUGAAAUCCAUCAGUUGAGGUACAGCUUUCCAAACUGAAGGUACAUCCAAAAGGCCGGCUUCACUUCGUCCUGGGGUCCCACCUCACUGGCUUGCCUCUGAUUGCAUUCAUAAUUCUAAGAACUUUUGGAAAAUGCAGGCACGUUAUCCAGUAGCAGACCCCAAUGGUUUGGGGGUCGUGCCUUAUUUAACUGAACAGAACUAUUAUCGAGCUACAGGGAGCUAUGGCAGCAUGGCGACCCCAAUGGGUGUGUAUUCUAGCCCCGAUCAAUAUGCCACAAGCAUGGCUCGAACCUAUGGACCAUAUCAUCACCAUCAUCAGCCCACUGCCCCUAAAGACUUAGUCAAGCCUCCUUACAGCUACAUUGCCCUCAUCACUAUGGCUAUUCAGAGUGCCCCAGAUAAAAAGAUCACCCUUAAUGGAAUUUACCAGUUUAUUAUGGACCGGUUCCCGUUCUACCGCGAAAACAAACAGGGAUGGCAGAACAGCAUCCGCCACAAUCUCUCCCUGAAUGAAUGCUUUGUCAAAGUGCCUAGGGACGACAAAAAGCCAGGGAAAGGCAGCUAUUGGACCUUGGAUCCAGACUCUUACAACAUGUUUGAGAAUGGCAGCUUCUUGCGAAGGAGAAGGCGAUUUAAGAAGAAGGACGCUUGCAGAGAAAAGGAGGAGAGGGAGCGGCAGCUUAAGGAACAGGCCAAGGCCCAGACCUCUCUUACAAAUAGUGAAGUUUCCAAGGAGGACACAGCCGAGAAAAAAGUUGUUAUUAAGAGUGAGGCCUCCUCUCCUGCUCUGCCAGUAAUCACCAAGGUGGAGACUCUGAGCCCUAAUAGUGGUAGUGCCCUGCAGGAAAGUCCUAGGAGUAUGACCUCUACACCUUCAAUUUCCACCGAAAACUCCAUUCCUGACCACCACAAUCACCAUCACCAUGCUUCCAGCAACGGACUUUCAGGUUUCAGUGUAGAAAACAUCAUGACAUUAAGGACAUCACCGCAGGCUGAUCUAAAUCCAGCUUCUUUACCUUCUAGCCGGACAGGUAUGGUGUCUUCCUUGUCGCUGGGUUACCCUCAGACACAGUCUUCUGUGUAUAGCCAGGCUUGUAGCCAAAGUAUGGACGCUAGUGGGAGCUAUCAGUGCAGCAUGAGGGCGAUGAGUUUAUACACAGGAGACCGAUCAAGCCAUAUGUGCGUCCCCACAACGCUGGAAGAAGGCAUUGCAGAUCAUCACAGCGGUACGACGUCUCCUCUGGGUACAAUGAGCCUUUCCUCUAACCAGGAAAGUGUCCUCAGUUCAACGCACCACCAGCAAGUUGCAGCUGCAGGGCAACCAGCUUCUGCUUGGUACCUUAACCAUGGGGCAGCUGACUUAAAUCACCUCUCUGGUGGCCAUGGGUUUGGUUCCCAGCAGCAGACUUACCAAAAUGUUCGUGAAAUGUUCAACCCUCAUCGGCUUGGGUUGGAGAACUCGUCAUCCCUUAGUGACCAUCAGGUGAACAGCAAUGCCAGCUGUCAGAUCCCUUACCGGUCUUCGCCAUCCAUAUACCGCCACACAACUCCCUAUUCAUAUGACUGCACUAAAUAUUGAUUGAUUCUUGAAACGUCUACACAAAAUGCCAUAUGCAAUUUAUACAUAAAAACUGAACCAACGAAUAUGUCGUAAGGUCCAUCAGCAGGCAGAGUAGCCAAAGGUAGCAAUUUUGUAUCCACUGUUGUUAUUUAGUACCAUUUUGUCUGACAUUAAACACAAACUAACUCAACCUGAACUAGCAAAACGUAAAACAUUCAGCAACGUGGCUAUUUUUGCUGCCAGCUUAAGUGUCUCAUAAGCAAUCGGCCAAAAUAUUGUAUCGAUGACGUGUAUUCUCUGUAAUAUAUUUUAAUGUCUGAAUUCAGGUGUCUCAUUACCUGUUGUAAAUUGUAUGGAUAUCUAAUCUGGCUCACGUACUGAGCCAUUAAUAUAAUAUUUAAAGUUAAAUUCACUGGAUUGUUUGGUUACCCGCAGCCAUUUUAAAAUCCGAUAUGAAAAUAUUGCAGCUGUUAUUUCUCAAGUGUUGUACAAACUAUGCUUUGUGUUUUUAUGUUUUGACUUUAUAUUUUGCAAAGUUAAGAAAUAAUUUAUUUGGUCGUGGUUUUUUUUCUAAGCAACUGAAUUCCAGUCAUUUGAAAUCUGAUUUGAGUCUGUUUUCGUGUAUAUCAUUGACAUGGACUUGUGUUGAUCAUUCCUUGAACUUUUUCGUCUGUCUUUACCUUUGUCUAUUAGUUUUAACUGUAUUAAUUUUAAAAUAAAUCCCUGUUGUUUUUUGCGAAA